GAUAUUCCUGGCUCGGUGGCCUUGCCGGUGGCACCAAUGGCAAGUGGACAAGUGAGAAUGGCAGGAUCCAUGCCUUCCAGAGGAGGAAAGCGUCGCUCUGGAAUGGACUUCGAUGAUGAAGAUGGAGAGGGGCCCAGCAAAUUUUCAAGGGAGAAUCAUAGUGAGAUUGAGAGACGCAGGAGAAAUAAGAUGACCCAGUACAUCACUGAGCUGUCUGAUAUGGUGCCCACGUGUAGUGCGUUGGCUCGUAAGCCUGACAAGCUGACGAUUCUUCGGAUGGCUGUUUCACACAUGAAGUCCAUGAGAGGCACUGGAAACAAAUCUACUGAUGGAGCUUACAAGCCUUCAUUUCUUACAGAGCAGGAACUGAAGCAUCUUAUCCUGGAGGCUGCAGAUGGGUUCCUGUUUGUAGUUGCGGCUGAGACGGGGAGAGUGAUCUACGUAUCAGAUUCAGUGACUCCUGUGCUGAACCAGCCCCAGUCUGAAUGGUUUGGCAGCACUUUGUAUGAGCAGGUUCAUCCAGACGACGUGGAAAAGCUGCGGGAGCAACUCUGUACAUCCGAGAACUCUAUGACAGGGCGAAUCCUGGACUUGAAGACUGGAACAGUAAAGAAAGAGGGUCAGCAGUCCUCAAUGAGAAUGUGCAUGGGAUCAAGGCGCUCUUUCAUUUGCAGGAUGAGGUGUGGAAAUGCUCCUCUGGAUCAUUUACCUCUGAACAGAAUAACCACCAUGAGAAAAAGAUACAGGAAUGGCCUUGGCCCAGUGAAAGAAGGUGAAGCACAAUAUGCUGUUGUCCACUGCACUGGCUAUAUCAAGGCUUGGCCACCAGCAGGAAUGACUAUACCAGAAGAAGAUGCUGAUGUGGGACAAGGCAGUAAAUACUGCCUCGUGGCAAUAGGAAGGCUUCAGGUAACCAGCUCUCCAGUGUGCAUGGACAUGAAUGGCAUGUCAGUCCCCACUGAGUUCUUGUCUAGGCACAAUUCUGAUGGAGUCAUCACCUUUGUUGACCCAAGGUGCAUCAGUGUCAUUGGCUACCAGCCCCAGGAUCUUCUGGGGAAAGAUAUUCUAGAAUUCUGCCAUCCUGAAGAUCAAAGCCAUUUGCGAGAGAGUUUCCAACAGGUGGUGAAACUGAAAGGUCAAGUCUUGUCUGUGAUGUAUCGUUUUCGUACCAAAAACCGGGAAUGGAUGCUGAUCAGGACCAGCAGCUUCACAUUUCAGAAUCCUUAUUCCGAUGAGAUUGAAUACAUCAUCUGCACCAACACUAACGUAAAACAACUUCAGCAACAGCAAGCAGAACUCGAGGUACAUCAAAGAGAUGGGCUGUCAUCCUACGACUUGUCUCAGGUGCCUGUUCCAAGUAUACCAGCUAAUGUUCAUGAGGGUGGAAAGUCAGUGGAAAAGCCUGAUGCUAUCUUCUCCCAAGAGAGAGAUCCUAGAUUUGCUGAGAUGUUUGCUGGAAUAACUGCUUCAGAUAAAAAAAUGAUGGCCUCAGCAUCCACAGCAGGAAACCAGCAGCUUUACUCACAGGGAAGCCCAUUUCAGCCAGGACACUCGGGAAAGACUUUCAGUUCAUCUGUGGUACACGUGCCUGGUGUGAAUGAUAUCCAGUCGUCUUCAUCCACAGGCCAGAACCUGACGCAGAUCUCUCGCCAGCUCAACCAGAGCCAGGUGGCCUGGACAGGAAAUCGCCCACCAUUCCCAGGCCAGCAAAUUCCAUCUCAGUCUGGCAAGGCUCAGUCAUCUCCCUUUGGGAUUGGGACAAGUCACACCUACCCAGCUGAUCCAUCAUCCUACAGCCCCCUCUCCAGCCCAGCCACCUCCUCUCCCAGCGGGAACGCCUACUCGAGCUUAGCAAACCGAAGUGCAGGGUUUGCUGAAGGUGGCCAGAGCAGCAGCCAGUUCCAGGGGAGACCUUCUGAAGUCUGGUCCCAGUGGCAGAGCCAACACCACAACCAGCAAAGCAGUGACCAGCACUCACACCCACAGCCCAGCCAGACCGAGGUGUUCCAGGACAUGCUGCCGAUGCCGGGGGAUCCCACACAGGGCACUGGCAAUUACAACAUUGAAGAUUUUGCUGACCUGGGCAUGUUUCCACCAUUUUCUGAGUAGCUUGCGAAGCAGAAAUGGAAGUUCUUCAACAAGGCCAUUUCAGUGUAAUUUUGACGCUGCUUUUUCUGUGUUGCGUUUCUGUAGAAGCUACUAAACCAGGAGACACAUUUCUCAUGUUUCAGAUAGUGGUGUAGGGCUUGCUCUCUCCUCUUUGGAGUGUGUCAGUGCCGACAGAGGAGCUCCAGCACUUGUUAGUGUUCGUU